UUAAAAACCUUCUCCAGGCACAGGUCGGUGCGCCGUCUCCCAGGACAGAGGCUAUGUUGUCUUGUUGAAAAGCUAUGAGUGCUCGGCAUGAAAGGAACCGCUCCGGGUCUCUGUAUAACCGAGGCCAUUAUCAGGGGAUGGGGAAUCGACACGGGCUGUUGGAACACUGCUGGUAUUUCUUCCUAUUAGAGGUCGCGGAUAUAACGAACCUUAUCUAAUCCAUGGUCAGUCCAGAUCCAGUGAGAAACCAAAAAACUACUUUCGAGAGCUGGAAAAUCCACUCGGGUCUCUCGGGCUGGCCAAUGACACAGAGGCUGCUGCCAAGCUGGCCAAUGGGAAAGAGGCAAUUUUUUUCUUGAUCAAAAUGAAGGCACUACUCAUUGCUGCUAUUCUCUUGGUUGGACUAUUGGCAAUGGGCAGCGAGGCCAUUCCAUCAAACCGCUGGUCCUGCUACAAGAAAGUCUUGAAGGACAGGGACUGUCGCAAUGUUGGAAUCUCCAACGGAGUUGCGACCAUGCGACCCAUCGAUUCCCUGCAGAACCAUUUCUGGGAGGGGAACAAAUGCGACAUGGUGUGCUACUGUAACUUCAGUGAGCUCCUCUGCUGCCCAAGGGAUGUCUUCUUUGGACCCAAAAUCUCCUUUAUAAUUCCAUGCAAAACCAUCUGAGCCAUCAGUCGAUUGAAUGGACAGUGAACACGGACGGUGCAAUCUUCUGAAUUGAAACAAGAGUAAAGAGUAAAUGGGGCCAACGGGGAUGGGCCCAUCCAAUCCGGACUGCAGAAUUACAUGCAUUUCAUUCUUCACUUGGAGACAGCUACAACAACAACAACAAGUUCAGAAGGCUGGAGCUAAAACAAAAGCACAAGCUUUGAAACUGAAAAAAAGAGUCCCCCCUUUCACAAUACCUGGGCCUACAAAUAAAAUGCAUUAUUUUCAGUCUCAAAUACAGCACCCAGUAUAUUUAUUAUCUGUGAAGACAAUUCAAUAAAUGCAGCCCGUGUCCCACCUUUGCCAAGGUUACAGUUCAACACUUGUAUACCUGACUUGGCAGACCCUUCAUUUGGCAUUCGCAAUGAUGUGACACUCCCCCAUUAUCUACACCCAAACGUAAACCGAUCUCACUAUUUGGCAAUAGUUGUAGUACAGUAAUACCACGAGUGUGCCUUUAUAUUGAGUUAUUGCACAUCCAAAAAUAUGAUUCAAUAGUUAAUAGUAUGCCAUUCUUGAGAGACAUUGCAUUUUAUAUUCAAGGCUAUUAAAUGUCAUAAAUGUCAGCAGGAUCAUAAAAUGUGAUGUUGUGAUGAGCUUAUGAAGCGUGAUUUUACAUGGAUGAAACAAGUAGGCUGUACAACUGUAUUGUAAAUGUCUUUGCAAAAGGAUUAUAGUAUUGUGUGUGUUACUAGGCCUAACUAACUAAGUCGCUCUGGAUCAGAGCGUCUGCUAAAUGACUAAAAUGUAAAUGCAAAAUGUAAUUAACAUAGCACUACAGAUCACCUAGACUGGUGGAGCUGUUUUAACAAGUUGUUCUACUGCUCCAUGACAUCUCCCUGUACUUAUCCAAUGAUUUUGUAUCAAUUACAACACUGUAUGUGAGAAUAUUAAUAAACAGAUCGGUUUGAGUGUUA